CAAAUUUUUACCUUAUAAAUUAGAGAGCUAGCAACAGAACCAUGGACAUGGCACCCCCCUCGAUUCAGCUCUAGCUUCGCCCCUGCAUGCAACUACCAACUCCAUCUCUUUAAAAGACUGAGCUUUGCUCAUAAGUUUAUGUUUAUCCUGGCCAAGGAUUCACAGAUACAGAGGCCAUUAUAGGGGUUGAAGCCAGCUCAAAAUAGCCUCACCGUUCCAGGUGACAACUGGCUCCUCUAAUGGAUAGCAGCAGAAGCAGCAGCCGGGACAAGAAGUCCAAAGAUAACGAUCGUCAUGAAGCAAAAGCACAUGAAAAAAUCGCUCCACAUUCCAUUGGCGACAAUAGGAUUGGUGGCGAAGCUAAUAGCACUGCACAGAAUUUUGUUGACUUCACAGAAGCAGAGGAAGAUCUUGUUUCCAGAAUGCACAGGCUUGUGGGGAACAGAUGGGAGCUUAUAGCAGGAAGAAUUCCAGGAAGGACAGCAGAAGAAGUAGAGAUGUUUUGGUCCAAAAAACACCAGGAAAAAUGAAAACGGGGCCAUUACUUUAUAUUGAUCUAUAAACUAUGUAUUAAUAUCACUUGAAAAUGUGCUUAUAAAUAAUGUUAACCAUGCAAAGAUGAAAAAAGCCAUAUAGUAUUAUGAGCUCACUCGAGGAGCGAUGUGGAUUGGCACUUCCAAGUUAAGUUAGCAGUGUUAUCUGUGUUCAUUUUGUAAUUGCAUCUUGUUAUAACAUGAUGUCAAUUUUACAAUAGCAAAGUAUUAAAAAACA